GCCGCCGCCGUGGGAGCUGCGGAGCCGCGGGGAGCGGGGAGCGGGGCCCGGCCCCGCCGAUCGGGCUCCGGCGAGGCCCGGCGGGAGCGGCCAUGGAGGCGGGCAAAAUGGUGAGCGCAUCCUCCUCCUCCUCCUCCUCCGCGGGCCCCGCAGCCGUGCGGGGCUCCUCGGGCCGCGGCGGGGCCGGGGGCGUUUUGCCGGGAGCCGCGCUGCGGGGCGAUGCGGUGCCGGCGCGGCGCGGCGCGGUUCUGCCGUCGGUGAGCCCCGGAACGCUGCGGUUCUGCUGCGCUCUGAGUGCGUUGUGAUGCGAGCCGGGCUGCGGGGCGCCGCGUUCUCGGGCGGCCGAUCCCCGCUGUCCGUGCUGGGGACACCCGGCGCUGCCCCGCCCGGAGCCCGCGGGGGGCCGUGCGAUGCCCUGGGCGCUGCGCGCGACUGUCAGCAUCAAUAAGGCUAUUAAUACACAGGAAGUGGCUGUCAAGGAGAAACAUGCCAGAACAUGCAUCCUGGGCACGCACCACGAGAAGGGGGCACAGACCUUCUGGUCAGUGGUGAACCGGCUGCCGCUCUCGGGCAAUGCUGUGCUCUGCUGGAAGUUCUGCCAUGUCUUCCACAAGCUCCUCCGCGACGGCCAUUCAAAUGUCCUGAAAGACUCUGUGAGAUACAAGAACGAGCUGAGUGACAUGAGCAGGAUGUGGGGCCACCUGAGUGAGGGCUACGGACAGUUGUGCAGCAUCUACCUCAAACUGCUGAGAACCAAGAUGGAGUUCCACACCAAGAACCCCCGGUUCCCCGGCAAUCUGCAGAUGUCUGACCGGCAGCUUGACGAGGCGGGAGAGAACGAUGUCAACAACUUCUUCCAGCUGACAGUGGAAAUGUUUGACUACCUGGAAUGUGAGCUGAACCUCUUCCAGACGGUGUUCAGCUCCCUGGACAUGUCACGCUCUGUGUCGGUCACUGCGGCGGGGCAGUGCCGCCUGGCCCCACUCAUCCAGGUAAUCCUGGACUGCAGCCACCUCUACGACUACACCGUCAAGCUGCUCUUCAAACUCCAUUCCUGUCUGCCGGCCGACACACUGCAGGGCCACCGGGACCGCUUCCUGGAGCAGUUCAGAAAGCUGAAGGACCUCUUCUAUCGCUCCAGUAACCUGCAGUACUUCAAGCGUCUGAUUCAGAUCCCGCAGCUCCCAGAGAACCCUCCCAAUUUUCUGCGAGCCUCAGCGCUGUCAGAACACAUCAGCCCUGUGGUGGUCAUCCCUGCUGAGGCAUCCUCACCUGACAGUGAGCCCAUCACAGACCUGGUAGAAAUGGAAACAGCGUCACAGAGCCUGUUUGACAACAAGUUUGAUGACAUCUUUGGCAGCUCGUUCAGUAGUGACCCCUUCAACUUCAACAGCCAGAACGGGAUGAACAAAGAUGAUAAGGACUGGCUGAUUGAGCAGCUCUACAGGGAAAUCGGGGCUCUGAAGGAGGAGCUGGAGAGCUUCAAGGCUGAGAGUGAGCGGCGUGGCCUGCAGCUGCGCGGGCGCAUCAGUGAGCUGGAGGCAGAGCUGGCCGAGCAGCGGCACCUGAAGCAGCAGGCACUGGACGACAGCGAGUUCCUGCGCACGGAGCUGGAGGAGCUGAAGAAGCAGCGGGAGGACACGGAGAAAGCGCAGAGGAGCCUGACGGAGAUCGAGAGGAGGGCACAGGCAAAUGAGCAGCGGUACAGCAAGCUGAAGGAGAAGUACAGUGAGCUGGUGCAGAACCACGCCGACCUGCUGCGAAAGAACGCAGAGGUGACCAAGCAGGUAACGGUGGCAAGGCAGGCCCAGGGCGAUGUGGAGCGGGAGAAAAAGGAGCUGGAGGACUCCUUCCAGCGGGUGAGCGAGCAGUCCCAGCGGAAGUCCCAGGAGCAGGCGGAGGUGCUAGAGACUUUGAAGCAGGAGCUGGCAGCCAGCAAGCAGGAGCUGCAGGUCUUGCAGGGAACACUGGAGACCACUAUACAGGUGGGAGCAGAGCAGAACACUCGGAUAGCAGGCCUGGAGCAGGAGCGGGACAGCCUGAGCCACGCAGCAGAGCAGCGCAGCAAAGAGAUGGCAGCCCUGCAGGCUGAGCUGCAGCAGCUGCGGGACGCACUCAGCAGCGAGAAGGAGAGUAGCAGGAAGGAGCGGGAGACACUGCAGACACAGCUGCAAGAUAAGGAGAGUGCAGAACGGACCCUGCAGCAGCGCCGGGCCGAGGAGCAGUUUGCUCUGCUGCAGGGCAGUGCGCGGGAGGCAGAGCGCAUGGUGCAGGAUGCCCUCAGCCGCCUCGAGGACCCCGCUCACAUCAGUUGCACCGGCUCAGCAGAUUACCUCCUGUCUAGGACGUCUGCAGCCUCUGAAUGCAUUGAGAGGCUGCAGGAUGCGCACAGCAAAUACCUUACCAACCGCACAGAUGUGAGCACCGUGCUGCCCUGCGUGGCACUCUUUGCCCACCUCAUCAGCGACACCAUCCUACAAGGCAGUGCUACCUCCCACAUGGCCCCGAUGGAGCCCGCUGACCGGCUGCUGGAAACGUGCAAGCAGUGUGGCAGUGAGGCCAUCAGCUACCUCAGCUCCCUGCAAGACCCGGGCAGUGUGGCAAGUGCCAACUGCACAGCAGUGACCAAUUGCCUGCACCGGAUCAGCGCCAUCGGGGAGGAGCUGCGACCCAGAGGGCUGGACGUGGAGCAGGAGGAACUGGGAGAUCUGGUGGACAAGGAGAUGGCGGCUACAUCAGCAGCCAUUGAGACUGCGGCUGCCCGGAUCGAGGAGAUGCUGAGCAAGGCCCGGGCUGGCGACACUGGGGUCAAACUGGAAGUGAAUGAGAGGAUUCUGGGUUCCUGCACUGGCCUCAUGCAGGCAAUCCAGGUGCUCGUCCUGGCGUCCAAGGACCUGCAGCGGGAGAUUGUGGAGAGCGGACGGGGCGCAGCGUCCCCCAAGGAGUUUUAUGCCAAGAAUUCUCGUUGGACGGAGGGCCUCAUCUCCGCCUCCAAGGCCGUGGGCUGGGGAGCAACUGUCAUGGUGGAUGCUGCUGACCUGGUGGUGCAAGGGAAAGGGAAAUUUGAGGAGCUGAUGGUCUGCUCCCACGAGAUCGCAGCCAGCACUGCGCAGCUGGUGGCAGCCUCCAAGGUGAAGGCGGACAAGGAUAGCUCCAACCUGUCCAAGCUGCAGCAAGCCUCUCGGGGCGUCAACCAGGCCACGGCCGGUGUGGUGGCCUCCACCAAGUCUGGGAAGUCACAGAUUGAGGAGAAAGAUAGCAUGGACUUCUCCAGCAUGACACUAACACAGAUCAAGCGCCAAGAAAUGGACUCUCAGGCACUGAUUAGCCUCCGCAGCGGGAGCAGCCAGCAGCAGAGACCCCUUCGGUCAGCCGGGACCCAGCUUGGUGCAGCCUUUUUCAGAAGACACACAAUAAACUGGUGCAAAAUUCACCCCGAAGCACACGUCCCCCGCAUUCCCCGAGAGCCGCCUCCAGCACUGAAGGACCAAGAGCCGCAUCGCUGCCGACGGAGCCCCUGGGGCUGGGAGCGAGGGCUGCCCGGCCUCAUGCCAGCCGCAAACUGCACGUGUAUUUAUUAGAGCUGCUUGGGGGGGUCUCUGGGGGUGGUCUCUAACCCUUUAGUUUCGUUUUUGCACAGAUAUCUCUGAACUGUUUGACCCAGCUCUGGCGGAUCGGGAGCGUUCGGGUUUCCUUCGCCUCUUGCUGCUUCUCCAGCCUUAACGUAUUCACUGGUGCAGUGCAGCUUCCCCCCUCCACCGUGAGGACCCUGGGGCCGUGGGGAUGCGGCAGGGCCAGGACCAGCUCUGCUGGUGCUACUGGGCCAGCUCAGGUUCUGGUGCUAGGCCUGGUGCUCCCAUGGCCCUGGCCUGCGUGGGGGUGCCGAGUGCCUUUGGCCACCUUGAGAGCCAGGGCCUGUGUUGCUGCCAGGGGUUCAUUGUGGGGUGCUGAGCCCCGCUGGGGAAAGCCGUCCACCCCCUCUGAGCCCCGCAGAGCUCACAGCCCUGUGCUGGGGGACAGCCAACAGUGAGGAGGGCCUGGGCUGGUGGCAGCAGCAGGGCAGUGAUGGGCUCCAGGCCCCGUGUCCCCAAAGUGCCCUGUGUGGAGGAGCAGUGCCUGGAGCAGAGGAGCUGGGCUGCCCCGGCGCAUCACUGUGUUCACGCCAGCAAUAAACCACUGGGCAACAUCUGCUUCCAGAGGCACGGGAUGGCCCAGGGCAGCACAGAUGGGUCAAGGUGCAACCAGUGCCCCCCAAAGCCACCGCGAGCGGCCCUGCCAUGCCUCUGUCCCCUGGUAGGGGUGGCUGCGGGGCUGGGCACCCAGCCCCAGCCGGGAACCUUUGUGCCUUGGAGCAGGGGGCUCACAGGGCAGGGGGGACCUCUGACCCCAACCCCCACUCAUCGCGCUGUGGGGGGGUCGGAGCGGUGCACAGGUACAGCCGUGCCCUCGGCCCGCCCGCACGCUCGGCUGCUUCGUGGGACUGGGGCCAGGUCUGGGGAGGAACGGCCGCGUGGGCCCCACGGGCGCCGGGGCGGCCGGCCAUCUCCUCGGCGCUGCCUGGCUGAGCGGGGACCAGAGGGGUCUGAGCGGUGACACCCACCCGUGUCCGCGCCCGGACGCCCUGCCGGCAGCACGGCCACGGGGCCACCCCAAAUAGCAGAGGGGGUAACAGCACCGCGCCGCGUGCGGGACCGGUGGCCCUACGGCCGGCCGCGCCACACCGCCCCUCCGAGUCCCGGCCCCACAAAGCAAUACGAGCUGAGCCGCCCCUCUCCUGCGGGGCGCGGGGCCCCCAGCUACCUCAGGCCUCCAGGCUGCGUCCAGCCGGGCCCGGAGUGCCGGGAGGGACACGGGGACGGGGCGCCGCUCUCAGAACUUCUCCUUUUCUCUUUCUUUUGUAACUCGGCCGAGCGGGGCGGCACAUCCCGCAGCACGCGGCUGGCGGCGGGGACGGGCGCGAUGCCGCGGGAGUUUUUUGUCCUUGUGUGAUAACGUCGUGUGGUUUCCAUUUUUAAAUAAAGCCUUCGGCCCAGCG